AUGUCUCAAGCAGCUGAAUGGGAACGUAUCCAAAUGAGAGCCUUCACCAAGUGGGUGAACUCUCACUUGCGUAAACGAAAUAUGCAAGUCGAAGACAUGAUCGAAGAAUUCGAAACUGGUGUUCCAUUGAUUCAUCUCUAUGAAAUCAUUUCUGACGAAUCGUUGGGUCAAUUCUAUGCCAAUCCUCGUAUGAAAUUCCACAAGAUUGCCAAUUUGAAUUUGGUGGUCGAUAAAGUCAACAGCUUUAUUGACAGUGUUGGUAUUCGUUUGCAAUUCUCUGCUGAACAAAUUGCUAACAAGGAAAAGACUCAAAUCUUGGGUAUGAUUUGGUGUUUGAUCCACAAGUUUGAAAUUCAAGAUAUUUCUGAAGAUGAACUUUCUGCUCGUGAGGGUCUCUUGUUGUGGUGUAAGAAGAAGACCAAGGGCUAUGCCAACGUCAAUGUCAAGGACUUUAAGGGAUCAUGGCAAGAUGGUUUGGCUUUCUGUGCCUUGAUUCAUAAACACAGACCAGACUUGUUGGACUUUGAUUCAUUGGAUCCAAAGAACGCCAGAGAGAACCUCCAACUCGCUUUCGAUGUUGCCGAAAAGCAAUUGGAUAUUCCUCAAUUGUUGGACGCUGAUGAUAUGAUCAAAUUCACUCCUGAUGAUAAGGCAGUGAUGACCUACGUUGCUUACUAUUGGAAGAAAUUCGCUAGCUCCAACCGUGCAGAGAAGGCUGGUAGAAAGCUUGCCAAGGUUGCCAAACGUGAACAAGAGUUGAAUGAUAUGAAGAAUGAUUAUGAGAGAAGAGCCAAGAACUUGAUUGAUUGGAUUGAUGGAAAUUCGGAUAGACUCUCGGAUCCAUCCUUUGAACACUUUGGAGACUCUCUCAAGAAGGCUGAAGAUCGUAAAGAAGAAUUCCGUCAAUACAAGGAUCAAGAGAAACCAGGACAAUCCACUGAGAAGAACGACUUGGAAUUGUUGCUCUCCAACAUUAGAACCAAACAAAAGAACGAAGGUCUCCCAAUCUAUGAACCUCCUGUCGAUUUGUCCACUCAAACCAUCAAUGAUAAGUGGGACAAUUUGAACAAGAAGCAAGAUGUCUAUGAUAAGGCUUUGAGAGAACAUAUUACCUUGAUGAAGAAGUUGGAGAUUUUGUUGAGCCGUUUCCGUGUUCGUGCCAAGAAGAUUUCCGAAUGGCAAGAUGGUAAGAACAAGGGUUACUUCCGUGAGGAUUUAAACAAAUUGGACACAAUCAGUGCUUUGCAAGCCAAGAUCAACAUCCAUGAGACCUUUGAAGAUGAGUUGGCUCAAGUCAACAAGUCAUUGGAUGAAACCAACAAUAUUGGUAAGAAGAUUGUUGAGGGAAGACACGAAGCUGCUCCUGAAGUCAAUUCCACCAUUGACAAGUUGAAGAAGGGACAAGAUGACAUUGCCGAUAAGGGUGAUGAGAAGAAGAAGGAUCUCAAUGAUCGUCUCAAGAAGUUGGAGGAAUUGUUGGGCAAAUGUUUGGAUGUUGCUAAGAAGAGUGAAGGUUUGGCCAUGUUCUUGGAUGAUAUCUCUUUGGCUUUGGUUGAACCAAUCACUGCUUCAAGUGUCAAGGAUGUUGACGUCUUUGUGGAUAUCUUGGCUGACGUUGAGAACCGAUACGGAGAACAACAACCACUCUUGAAGGCUGUCAAUGAAAUGGUUAAGGAAAUUCAAAAUGCUGGAGGUGAUCCAAACUUGUACUCACCAAUCAACAACAAGGAAUUGGAUGACAAGUUCAAGGAAACUGGUAAGCUCAUUUCUGACAGAAAGAAGAAUUUGGAAGAGGAAAAGAGAAGAUUGAGCGGAAACGAAGAACUUCUCCAACAAUUCGCUUCCUUGUGCGACCAAUACACUGAAUUUGCAGUGAAUCAAAAGGAUGCUCUUAACACAACAAGACAAUCCACUGAUAAUUUGGAACAACAAUUGCAAAAGGUUAGAGAACAAGCAACCACCAUCAAUCAACAAUCAGAGGAGCGAUUCCAACAAUUGAUGGAAACUUUGAAGGUUUUGGAACAACGUGAAAUUCUUGAAUUGAGCACUGUUACUGAAUCUGAGAUUAAGGCUGUCCAUGACAACUUGGAGAAGUUUGUUGAGAAGUCUAUUAACGAUAUUGAGUCAACAUUGCUGGCCGAUAAGAAUGAAGGUCUCACUGAAGAGCAAUUGAAGGACUUCAGAGAAACAUUCAAGUACUUCGACAAGGAUAAGGAUGGUAAAUUGAGCAAGGCUGACUUCAAGGCUUGUGUUUGCUCAUUGGGUGAAGAUAUUGAUGACAAGGAAGUUGACAAGGUCUUUGCUUCUGUUGAUAGCGACAGAGAUGGAUUCAUCGAAUUCAACGAAUUCCUUGGAUACAUGAGAAGACUUGCUGAAGAGGGUUCAGGAUAUGAGGAUGUUGUUGAAUCAUUCAAACAAUUGGCUGGUGAGAAGGACUAUGUGACUGAAGGUCAAUUGAGAGCUGUCAUGGAACCAUCUGAAGCUGACUUCUUGUUGCAACAAAUGCCAAAGAAGGGUGACGGAUAUGAUUACAUUGCUUAUGCUAAGGCUUUGUUCGGAAGAGAAUAA